AUGCUUUCAGCCGAGCAGUUAGAUUUGUUUAGAGAGUCUGCAUUUGGUAAGUUCUUGGAUCUACCACACUGCAAGGUUCAAAACCAGCUUGUCAAUCGGAUUCUUUUACGUGAGGUGCAUCAAUCAAGGAGCGACGAGCUUUGGCUUGACUUUUGGGGGAGGUUAUUUCGGUUUGGCAUCGAAGAAUUUGCCCUGAUAAAGGGGCUGAAAUGUGCAGGACUUUGCAAGAAUUUGAAUAUUCCUCACGUAGCUGAUGGAAUGUACGACAAAUUCUUUCCUGGCGUUGGAUUAAACAAAAACUUCAUCCGAUGGCAGUUUCUACAAAAAUACUGGAAAAACGAUGAAGAUGCUGUUAAAUUUGCCAAGUUACACUUACUUGCAAAUUUUUUAAUUGGGUCGCAAGACACUCUUAAGGUAGACAGAUGCUACCUUGACAUGAUAGACAGUGUCGAAUGUGACGAUUUUGAUUGGGGAACCGAAGUGUUUGAGUUCACGAUGCACCAUCUGAAGAAAUCCACUCAAUAUCGACAACAGAUCCAUAAAGCUGGGAAAACAGUGAGUGAUGGCUACCUCUACAGGUGCUACGGGUUUAUCCUUGCCCUCCAACUUUGGUUCUAUGAGGUUUGCACCUCUGCAGAUGUGUCAUUUGCACAUGCCUAA